CGGCAGAGGCUCGUCACUUACUGACUCGUCGCUCAGUCGGGAUCUCUCUCCUCCGUUCUGCUUCGGCCAGUCGUUUGCGAUCCUCUCCAUCCGCCCACGAUCGUAGGUAGCGUAGAGCACUAUCAGCUACCUACUGCUAUCAGACGACACACGCGAUCCACACCGUCGGGCGUUGAUCGCCCCCACUUCAAAUCGACCGUUAGCUACACUAACAAUUUUAUUUACCCUACUCCCCACAUCUAAUGAUGGAAAACAAAAUGUUACCCGCCGGUAACAGCCCAUAAAAAGGUCGUAAAAGAUUCGAUACGCGGUGGUACGGUCGAGUACCAAUGAAGAACGGUAUCGCAAAAGCAAGGCCACAUUAAUAGAACUAGGUAGGAGAUGUUAAGGAAGGUUCAAUAAAUUACCCGCAAGAGGUAAGGCCGCGCGUACUCUGGGAAGUGCGCUGUUUAAGAAUUGUAGAACGGGGUGAUCUCACGCGUCGCCCGACUCCCGAAAUUAGAAGAAAAGUAAUUAAAUUCGGAAACCAAAUAAAACCGUAUCGUCACUUAGGCGAUAGAGCAAAGGCCAUAGGACUUGUGCGUAGGGACUUGAGCGUAGGUGAAUAAGACCCUUGCAUAGAUGCAAAAGCGCACAUGCGCACGAUGUACUGACGUCCAAAUUCUAGGACCCCGACUCCUUAUAUAAGAGAAAAUUUAAGAGAAAUAAAAUCAGUGUGUUUUUUUGACUAUUCGUUCAUGGGGCUCACUCAUCCGAAACCCAAUCGGUAAGUUAUAUCAGGUCUUGAGUCUGAAUUGGUUAGCAAUCCAGCCGAAAGAUUGUAUCCGGAAGCCCCUUAACUCGCCACCAACUAAAUUUGGCAAGUGAUACCGGACUCUCUUUAGGUGGAACCCAACCAAUUGGAAUCAAUUACAGAUUGUGGCAACUGGCCAGCAGUCUGGAUUGAAGAGAUCUGGUUAACUUGGAACUUCACGUAUCCUUGAAGAAGGAAAACUCUGCUCACAAAACCUCACCAUCCUAGCACACGUGAGCCGAUUACCUUCGCAUCGGCUUGGCAACCGUUUGAAUCGUAACCCUAAACGAUUCUCGCAACGGGAACCAAAAGACCCUCACGGGUGCAAAUCACCAACCUAGUAUCCCCAACUCCUGACCAAAACAAAAACCCAAUCCCAAUACGAUCUCCAGAGAGCAACAUGGUGGCUCCAGAGAGAAAACUUCCUCUACAGUGAAAGUUUAAAAAAGUGAACUCGAAAAAAGGUGUACUGGCGCCAAAAGACCAGAGUGAAGAAGUUAAUUUAAAAGUGUAGAAUUGAAAAAUUGAAGCAAGUCCUCAUGAAGGACUUAAUGCAAGAAAUUAAUUAUCUUGCCGAACGCUUCAGUGUAAUCGACCGUCAGGUCAGUAAAGUGAAAUCUUCCAAGGCCUAUCAAGCCUGGAUUAAAACGCCUCUUCCAGCAGGCGAGAUUAGUCAGACCAGGGACUACAAAGUGACCCUUUGGAAGGGUACAGUUAAAGAAGAAAGAUAUAGUCCAGCUAUAUCUAAGUGCGUGGAAAUAAACAAAAGGCCAAGUGCAAGGUUCGAACAGGCCAGAAGAAAACAGUUUUAGUAAACUGUUAGUUAAAAAAAAAACAAUAUCAUUGACCCGCACAAGUAAAACCAAAGUGAAAGUUUUAAAAAAUAUAUAAGAAAAACUCUGAAGAAUAGUGUAAAACGAAUACCCAAGGCAAGGGUAUUAGGUAAGUCCCAAUUAAGAUUUCUUAAGUGACAAGUUAUUAAAAAGAUACUCUCGAGCGGUAGAUCCGAGAGAAGUGAACCAUAGUCUAACAUUCAUGACUCUAGUUUCAUCAGCAAUACGUCGCUGGUUCCAUUUUUGUGACUUUAAUAAGUCUUCAUUAAUUACGCCAUCCUUGGUAAAGUAAUUAACUAUCUUCUCCUCAUAAUAUGUUCGCGGAGCCACGGGAAUUCCACGUGGAUAGUCUUCUUGAUAAUAGGCGGCACUCCUUCGCCCUUCAUUGUAAUGUCGUGGAUAGACGACACUCUCCACGUACCACUGAGACGCCACCCUGCAAUAUUGAUAUUGUGGAUGAAUUUGUUAAUUCAGUCAGGAAUGGGAAAUCAAUUUUGAAUGGUAUAGCGACACCAGCUUUUAAGACGCUGGAUAUUACCAUUAGUGAAGAGAUAACAAAGACGACUCUCACUACUUUUAUAUCUACGUACACAGAGUGUAAUAAUCCAGCUCCAGGUACAAAGCGUUUCCCAGCUGUGAUGGAACCAAUUGCCUGCGCUGAUGACUAUUAUGCAGUUGGAAAGAAAGCCAACUGUGCAGUUACCCGGAUCAGGGCUAGUGACACGGGAUGUAGAGAACCCGCUCUUGUUGAAUCUGUCACUAUACCGGUUGCUAUCGGAUUACCGAAGUACUGCCAUACAGGCUGUGGCUGUUUCAACUGCCAUGCAAACAAGCACAUUAAUGAUGGAAAGAAGCUCCGGAGUUUUCCAUUCUCCGAAGAGCAGAGGAGGAAUUAUUCCAGAAAGCAGGAGUGGAAUAUUGUGCUUUUCGCUCCGAAUGCGUCUGGAAAGACAACCGCUAGAAUAGCUCUCCGUGAGCUCGGAUUGUCUUGUUUUGAGCUUGAUGAUUUAUUUGACUGGUUCAACCAUGCCCCAUUUUUAAGGCAAUCAAUAAUGGUUACGUCAGAUCCAAGCCACUUGAAAUACGCACGGAACCCAAUCGCUAUCAUUCCAACAGAAGGCGAACGGCUUCGGCGUUUUAAGUUCAGGAAGGAACUUAGACCGAACGUUAAAUGGCGAGAUACUCUCAGUUUGCCCUCCAAUACUAGAGUAAUACAAUCGAACAAAAUGCUUACUGACUUGAUACAAGUAAGUCUUUUUGGUUAAUGCCAUAUUCGGUGAAUGAUGCAUGUCGUUUUGGAUCUCCAACGACAGUGACAAUUGUGUAAUGUAGGAACUCCACCCCAUUCAGAAGAAUGGUUUCUUUUGGCGCCCGAAUAGGGACAUGAACCCUAGACCGUUGGAUCUAAAUAAAAUAAAAUACGUAGUGAAAAAUGGAGACACUGAGGACCCGUCGUCAAGAAAUGCGAAGGUGUUGACUUCACCAUAUUUCCCGUAAAGCGUGACAGGAAGUACUCGGAAUAGUGUGAGUGGCGCUGACGUCUGGUGGAUUGUUACCGUAGCAUUCGUCAUCUGUUCGGUUGCCCUUGAAUCCGCCGAUGGCUCGUAGUGCAGCAGGCGAUGAUGUAACUUCUGGCAACCGUUGACUCCGCAGGCGUCCCCUUUACACGGCCAACGAAGAUGUGGCUUCAAACAUCGUCGACAAAGUUUGUGCUCCUUCACAAUGCUCCAACGAUUGUCGAGAGUAAGCCCCUUGAACUUAGAGCACUCAUCAGCCUGAUGAUCUCCCGCAUUGCACGCUGGACAUUUCUUGAGUUCCUCCGUUUUCUUGCCGCUCGCGUUCAAAAACCGCUCCUUUCCCGCAUUCCUAUUGCCAUUGGUCACCGAUGUUGAUCCAUCUCGCUCCGUAGUGGUGUGCGCAUUCACGUAGGCCUUUUCCUUCGCUCUGGUACGGUCAUCCUUCGGAUGCUUCUGCUGAAUACAAGAUAGCGUUACGCUGCUGGUUGCAGAUGUCACACGGGCCAUAUACUCGCUGAAGACGUUGAGGUCUACCAUCGGAAACUGCUGCUGAUACAUCGCCCAGUUGAACUUAACGUUCGCUGGCAACUUGUCGACAAGCUCCUGUAGCAAUGUGGGAUUCGAUAGAUGCCAGUCCAGUCCAACCGCCUUCAGAUGUCCGCACAAAUUCUGCACUUCCAAUCCGAAAUUCACCAGUGUCUCGAGCUUGUCCGGUUUUGGAGGGAAAACCUUGGCUGGGACGAAAAGAUUCCAUCGGAGAUAUUCUGUCGCUGGAAUCAAUGGUUGAAGGUACUAAGAGAGAUGACCAAGGUGAAGAUCAGCCGUUGCUAUUUUCCGGGAUACGAUCCUGCCAGCUACGAUUCGCUCCAGCUACACAUUUUCGUCGAUGCGAGCGAACAGGCCUUCGCUGCGGUCGCAUACUUCCGAAUCGUCGACAGGGGAGAGGUUCGAUGCACCCUUGUCUCAUCGAAGACCAAAGUAGCGCCCCUGCAAACACUUUCGAUGCCGCGACUAGAGCUUAUGGCGGCCUUAAUAGGAGCUCGUCUGAGGCAAACCAUCGUAGAUCAUCAUUCCGUGAAGAUAACACGCACCUUUUUCUGGAGUGAUUCUACAACGGUAGUCGCUUGGAUUAAGUCGGACUCACGUCGCUACCGCCAAUUUGUCGCCUUUAGAGUCAACGAAAUCCUGAGUUUGUCUGCGGUGGAUGAAUGGAACUGGAUCGGAACGAAAACCAACGUUGCUGACGAAGCAACAAAGUGGGGCAAAGGGCCAUCAACCGAAAUCGAAAGCCGCUGGUAUCGUGGACCUGCAUUCCUGUACGACCGAGACGGUGAAUGGUUAGAAGAAAACGUGGAAGAUACAAACGAAGAACUUCGACCAGCAUUCGUCUGUCCGCAUUUCAUCGUCAAGCCAACAGUCGAAUUUAAACGCUUCUCCAAGUUCGAGCGUUUGAAGCGGAGCGUUGCGUAUGUUCAUCGAUUCAUCGACAAUCUUCGUCGAGCUUCCAAGGGAACUACUCGAGAAACAGCUGUAGAGCUAAACAGAGAUGAGUUACAGAAAGCGGAAAUGACUUUGUGGAAGCUGGUACAAUCGGAUGCAUAUCCGGAUGAAGUGACAACGAUGAAGUGUAACAUGGAUCCGGGAAACGAAGAAAAGCGAUUGGAGUGUUCGAGUAAGAUUGCAAAGUUGCCGCCGAUGAUGGAUGAGAACGGAGUCCUUCGUGUAGACAGUCGGAUCGGUGCGGCGGAGUAUUUGUCGCUCGACGCAAGAUACCCAAUCAUACUACCACGAGAACAUCGCGUGACGGAGCUCCUGCUGGAUUGGUAUCACCGAGAAUUUCGCCAUGCUAAUGAUGAGACGGUGGUAAACGAAGUUCGCCAAAGGUUCUACGUAGGCAAGUUGAGAACAUGCGUACGAAUGACGAAGACUCGAUGUACGUGGUGUCGAGUGUACAAGUCGGUUCCAGUGACGCCGAAGAUGGGACCACUACCAACCGUGAGAUUGACGACACAUGUCCGCGCUUUCACUUUCGUCGGAGUCGAUUAUUUCGGGCCGUACUUAGUCAAGGUUGGACGGAGCGUGGCUAAACGUUGGGGAGUGGUAUUCACGUGCUUGACAAUAAGAGCCAUACACAUCGAGGUAGCAAGUAGCCUGACAUCCGAUUCAUGCAAAAAAGCAUUGCGUAGAUUCAUCGCUCGACGUGGAGCGCCGCAAGAGAUUUACUCCGAUAACGGUACAAAUUUUGUUGGAGUCAGCCGGGAGUUGGAAAAGGAAACGAAGGAGAUCAAUGCGGAGUUGAGUAGCACGUUCACGGACACUUAUACGCAGUGGAGGUUCAACCCACCCUCAGCGCCACAUAUGGGAGGCUGCUGGGAACGGAUGGUCCGGUCCAUUAAAUCGGCUCUUGGAGCGAUUCCUUCGGAGCGUAAGCUGGAUGACGAAUCGCUGGCAACACUCUUCGCUGAAGCUGAGAAGAUGAUAAACUCGCGGCCGUUGACUUUCGUUGCUCUGGAGACUUCAGACCAGGAAGCGAUAACUCCAAAUCAUUUCCUGCUGUUAAGCUCAACUGGGGUUCAGCAACCGAUUAAGGCCCCGGUUAGUGAAGGAGAGUCGCUAAGAAGCAGUUGGAAUAUGAUGCAGUACACGCUGGACAACAUCUGGCGAAGGUGGAUCACCGAGUACCUGCCGACGAUAACCAGGAGGACUAAGUGGUUCCAAAAUGUCAGGCCGAUUAAAGAGGGUGAGUUGGUAGUCAUAGCGGAUGAGAAGGUCAGAAAUAGGUGGUUGAGAGGUCGGGUGGUGCGUACGUAUCCUGGUAAGGAUGGGACAGUGCGACAAGCUGAGGUGAUGACUUCGGGUGGCAUACUACGAAGGCCUGUCGUCAAGCUUGCACUACUGGAUGUGGAACCGGAAGAUGACGCCUAGCGGAAGCUGAGGCGACAUGAGGGGGAGGAUGUUGCGUGCAAGCCCCUCGGACAAGUGAGCCAAAAGGAUGACCCAACCGGUACAACGAACGAACGUCAGAUGUAGGGAGUAGACAUAGGUCUAUUGUCUAUUGUCUGAUUGAAAUUUGUUGAUAUUGUAUGUGAAGUGAAAUACUCGAGUGAGGAGAGAAAGAAUUUACCCGAAUUUCACUAAACCUACAGAUUAAAACUAGAUCUUAAAGAUCCGUAUAUUGUUCGCACCUAGAAUUGUUUGGGCACUAAAUUGUAAGUACGAAUUUGUUGAACUAUUCAAGCUGGUUAAUUAAUCAAUAAAAUUUACAGCUUGAGCCUGUCUUGAACCAUAAAAGGACUUUGCUUCAAGAAUCCCUAACGUUGCGAACAUCGACAGUUACAUUAUGAAUCUACCAUUAUUCUAAAAGCUAAAUAGCCACAAGAAACUUCUGAUUUAAAAACCGCCACAGCCCUGGUCCAACCAUAUGAUGGUUCACCAGGUACACUUGACGCGUUCACAGACUCAGUGGCCUUAUUAAAUGAACUUACAGCAGCAGCACAUACAGCUGUAGCUGUUAAAUUUAUAAAAACAAGGCUUAGUGGUAGAGCUCGUUCAGCUCUACCUGCUAACGUCAAUACUAUCGAUGAAAUAGUACAGGCAGCGAAGCAACACUGCACGAGCACCGAAACACCAGAUUCGGUGGUUGCAAAAAUUAAGGCAUUGAAAACGAACGGCGACCAAGACAAAUUUUUACUCAACAUUGAACAACUGACCACGCAGUUAACUUCUUUGUAUGUCAAAAACAACAUACCGCUAGAUGUUGCUACCAAGAUGGCAACAAAAACAGGGGUCGAAUCCAUAAUAAGCAAAGCCACCGAUUCAGACACUAAGAUAAUUAUGAAAGCCGCUAAAUUUUCAUCAAUUCAAGAGGCUAUCCAAAAAUUUAAUGAAACAGCAACAACUCCUACAGCACAAAUCUUCAACGCUCAAUUUCGGAAAGUAAACUCUCAGAGGGUACUCAGCUCGAGGAAAUCAGAAUAGCCGUUUUGGGUAUCGCAACGCAAACAAUCGUCAAUUUCAACAUGGGAAUCAACACCAACCUAGAUAUUUUAAUCAGCGUCAACAUUCUCGUGGGAAUUACCACCAAGGUCGUGGUAAUUAUUCAAAUCAAAAUCGAAAUCAUUAUCGAAACCAAAAUAACAACCAAGAGAAUGCGCGUAUAUUUUACACACCAGCUGAAUUACCGCAUUACCCAUUCAAACGGAAUGGCUGCAAAGUUUAUUUUCAACCGAAACAUGCCACGAAGAGAAGCCUUCUCCUAACAUGGCGACCGUGACAGUUAUCGAUAGUGAAUUAUAAGUUUCCAGUGAAAGUUGAAGUAAAAAUUGAAAAUGGGCAAAUCCCAAUCAAAAAUCGUUUCUAACAGCGGUGAUCGGCAAGUUAAUAUUUUAAAUCAACUCGCAGUGCACAGUGAUAAGCAUGAAAAUCACGAAAAAAAUUUAAUAAUCAUCUUCGUGUUAGUGACGGUGCAACAAUUAAUAACUUUGUACGGAAUGUACAAAAAUUACACAAAAGUGCAAGCAUUAAAAGCGGCAAAGUCAGUUGCCACACUUCAUAAUGUUUCGUGAACGUUAAUGAACAACAAAGUGUUAAGUAAGUGACUGCACCAUAUUAUGUUUAAAGAUGAGUGAAUCGUGGGAAGAAAUCAAGCAGCAAAUUAGUGCUCAAAUUAGUGCGUUAAAAUUUAUUGAGAAAUUUGGUUUCCGUGAAUACUAUCGAGUGAACCAAACCAGAAGCGUGUAUAAUAGAACCAUAACCUUUGUUCUAAAACAAGGUAUGGAUUGGAACAGUUUCCGUGAAUCAAUCGAUGCGUAUACAGACAAUUACAUAGAAGCAAAUAACAACAAGUGAAACUAGAAAAAAAUUGAUUGGUAU